UUGAUCGCUUGAGUAUGUUCCAAUUUCCUAUUUAACCGAAGCAACCAGUACUAGUGAGAUUUUACCCGGAUGAAUGUGUUCUUAAGUUCAGAGCCACGGAUAUUAAUAUCACAUCAGAAGUUUUUUCUGUCAAUUAUAUCUUUAUCAGAGAGAUCCUGCAACAACAUCCUUGGCACUCUGUCACGGGUGAGUGAAGUGCUUAACAUCGACUUUCGGGCAGCGUCGUAGGAAAUCUCCACCUAGACGAACUGUUUCGAGAUCAGCGUUAAAACAUAUGGAUGGGAAUGGUUCAACUCCACAAAAUUCUUCUAACGAAAUAUGUUAUUCGGAUUCAUUCAAUUUAGACGCCAACGCAAAGGUCGGUCAAACGUUUGCUUAUGUCGCUAUACUCGUCCUGAGUUUGGUGGGAAACUCGCUCAUUGCUGCUGUCUUUUACAAAGAAAAAAACCUACGCACAACGGUGGACUACUUCAUUCUGAACAUGGCGUGUUCGGACGUUCUUUUUGCGCUUACAGGAGCUCCUCGCAGGAUAACAGAAAUACUCUACAGUCCCUAUGAAUGGUACGUCGAUGGUUUUCUCGGAGAAGCACUCUGCAGAGUGACGUACAUCAUCCAGGACAUCUCCACUGCUGUGUUUAUUGAGAGCUUAGUUGUGAUAGCUGUGGACAGGUUUCGAUCCAUCGUUCUCCCUUUGAAACCCAAUUUCGUCACGCCUUCCGUAAGACGUAUCUUAAUCUUUCUUACUUGGAUUGUGGGGUUUGGAUUCCACGCGCCAUAUAUCUACACCUGGAGGUUAUCCGUUCAAGGAAACAAAACCCUUUGUAUUUAUAGCUGGGCUCCACUUUAUGAAAUGGAUAACGUUAUCAAGGAAUACUUCAUCGUAUUGUCCUUUUUUCUCUUUAUAUUGCCUAUGAUUACUUUGACAAUUCUGUACUCCAUUAUUAUCGUGCGGUUACGAGAACGUAAAGUCAAAGGGAUCCGUUUUUCCACCAACCGGCAGAAUUCUUGGAACAGGCAAACUAGAAAUGUCUUAAGGACAGUCAUUGCUGUGGUCGUAGUUUUCGCCAUAUCUUGGCUACCAUUUAAUGUUUUUGUGUACUUAUUUCUCCUUUAUUGGGAUCUAAACCCGUCUUGUACUGUAAAAACUGUAUAUAUGUAUAUCGUCAUCUUGGCCCACGCCAACAAUGCUAUAAAUCCCUAUGUCAUCUUCAGUACAAAUUACCGACAAGGAGUUAAGGCAUUAUUUUGCUCCUUAAAAAUCAGACCUCGUGUAAUGGAAGCGAACAGUACUUCGGUCAUCAUCGAUUUAAACAAAAAAGGGUUCAAGUCAAGCCAUCGUUUGCAGAGAACGACGCCCAGCUCUGAUAAAAUUGAAGAGUUCGCUGAAUGCUUCGACACCAGGCUUUAAAUGGGAUAAGCCAUUCAAUUUUCAUAACGUAAACAAUUGUCAAAGAAAAAACUAUUUAAUAACUAAAAAUGGAAAAAUCUCGU